AGAGGUGUAAUACAGUACCUGUCUUCUCUGUGUCUAUACAGUAUUGGCACUAUGAAGUCUAAUUUCUAGCCCUUUAGAUUCCUUUGUGAACACAAUGGAGUGUUUAAAAACUGCAGUGACAGAAGAGCGCUUUCAAAUUGGAGCUUGAACUCUUUAACGGAGAAGGUUGAGUUGUGCAAUGGUUGGAAUGUCAAGUGUUUAAAAACACCUGCAAGCUGCGAGGAGAGAUGCAUCAACACAGUGCGGACGACUUAUUACAAUACUUUCAAAAUAAGAGGUGCGUGGAGCCGCGGCGGGCGAGCAGGUUGCCCGCCGGAGGGAAGGCGAGGAGAGCGCCGGCGCCGUUCGCGUCGCUGGCCGAGGUGGGCUGCCACACGCUCGGCAACGUCAUCCGCCAACUGGCCGACCUCUCCCGCUUGGCCGCCGACGUCUUCCUGGGCAUCGAGGCGGAGGCGGUCGCGGUGGCCCGGAGGUCAGGGCGGCUCCAGGGAAGCCUGCGCGAGCUGCACGCCCGGGUCGGCGUCCUGGACCCCAAGAAAGUCCCCGUCCCCGUGUCCAACCUGGACGAGGAGAACAAGUGGACGGUCCACUACAAGGCGCCGUGGCACCAGCAGGAGAACGUCUUCCUGCCGGGCAGCAGGCCCCCCUGCGUGGAGGAUCUGCACCGGCAGGCCAAAGUCAACCUGAAGAGCGCCCUGCGAGAAUGUGACAAGUUGAGAAAAGACGGCUUCCGCAGCUCGCAGUACUACUCGCAGGGGCCCGUCUUCUCCGACACGGCGCCGUCCGGCAGCAGCUUGUGCGACGACGACGACGACGAUGACGAUGAUGAGAAAAAGUCCCUGGCGUCGGCGGAGGAGGAGGACGACGAUCGAUCCCGGACGCGGGCGCCCGGCGACGAGGCCGACGCCACCCGAGCCCCCGCGCUGCCCACCCCGGAGGAGAGGAUGAGGCUGAUGGCGCAGUCCGUGCCCACCGACAUCGUCCCCAUCAACGUCACGGGCUCCGUGUUUGACCGCCAGGCGAGCGUCCGGCGCUCCCUGGUUAACGCCGACACGGUUACCCGCCGGCCCAAGAAGCCCAAACGCAGAAAGACGAUAACGGGGCGGCCCUCCGACGACAGCCUGGAGCUAGCUUCGCAAGGACUCGGCAGAGAUCCGCGACCCCAUUCCAUGUUCGUCCCGGGGCAGUACUCCACGCUGGGCCGGGCGGGGAGCCUCAAUUCCACGCUCCGGCGCUCCCGCACCCGAGAUUCCGGCUGCCAGACGGAGGAAGUGAAGGUCGUCCCGCCGUCCGUGAGGAGAAUCCGCGCUCAGAGAGGCCAGGGAAUCGCGGCCCAGAUGGCUGGAAUUUCCGCCUCCUCCCCCACCGGAAGCAUCCCCGUCCACGGGGGCGACGGCUCCGCCGUCCUGACGCUGCCCCGUCAGCGUAACGGGGACCCGACCCGCUUCAAUAGUCUGCCACGCCAAGGCGUCAGAGUUUCGCUCAGCGCGGACCCCAUCUGCAGCAGCACGCCCAUCAAGUCGGAGAUGGAGUCGGAAGACCGCCGCGCCCCGCGGAGGCAGAUCGGAAAGCUCCGGGCCGACGACACGGCGGUCCACGUGAGGACCGCUCCGAGGACGCACACCCUGCCCCGGCCCAGGUCCCAGGAGGUGCGGCGGACGCAGUCCAGCGAUUGGGGGAACGGUCCGGCCCGAGUGGUGUCGCCGCACGCCACCUAUUCCACGUCGCUCAUCCCCAACGCCACACUGUCGGGUUCUUCGGAAAUCAUCGCUCUCAGCGCCUCCGGGCAGCGAUCCCGCUCGCCCUCCUCCGCCUACCCGACGGUUCGGCCUCUCAAAGCCUGUCCGGCAGAAACCGCUUCCACGCCCGCCCGCGUCCCUCCGGAGGGCAGUCGAGCGGCGGCCGUGCCCGCCGGCGAGUCGAGAUGCUCAGAUGACAGCACCUGGGCGCCCACGCCCCCCUCGUGUCAGACGGAGGAGCACUGGAUCUACGACACGCCGGAAAACCUGCCGGGCCCGCACCGGACUCUGACCUCCAGCCACUCUACGCCCAUCAACCAGCUGUACACCAGCCUGGAGGCUUCAUCCAGGACCACCACCGAUUCGAGCUCGCUCUACUCCCAGGACAACGACGGCUAUUACACCUCCAUGCACCUGGACUCGGGCCUGCGGUCGCGCAGCCACGGAGCGGCGGGCGGACGGACGACAAGACACAGCAUGUACGAGUGCCGGGAGACGGCCGGUCGGGACGAGUACGGCGAUCGGUCUCUGUCCCGGAGCAUUUCCCUGCUCAAGUCCAAAAAGCCCCCGCCGCCCCCAACCCGCACAGACUCCCUUCAGAGGAAGCCCGGACCCAAGAAGCCCCUCGGAGGCGUCGGCGCGGGCGACUCGGACAACGGUACGCUGAACGAGUGUCUGAUCGCCUCCCUGCAGCAGAGUCUCCAGCUCGGGCUGAAGCCCGGCAGAGGUCAGGGCGCCUCGCCGUCGUCGCCCUCCCACAGUCCCAGCAGCGACUACGACGACCCUUGGGUGCUGCGGCCGCGCAGUCGGAGCAGCGUCAGCGUCGGGAGCUCGGCGACGUCGCUGGCCGCCGGCGCCAACGGCGUGUCCAACGCGUACUCGCUGUGCCACGUGACCCCCGCCAACAGCGACACCAGCAGCCUGCGAUCCGACUACGCCGACUCGUGGGGCUUCUACGCGGAGUACCCUCGGAACCACGGCGAGCAGAGCGCGCAGACCCCCGCGGCUCAAACCGCCGAAGGGCCGUCGACCGGACCUCAGUCGGGAGAGCGCCGGAACGAGGUUCAGGAGGAGAACGCGGCUGUAAAAGCCGCGACGUCCUCCCCGGAACGAGUCCACAGACUCACUUCGCCCUCCAGCGGCUACUCGAGCCAGUCCAACACCCCCACCGCCGGGACUCCGGUCCCCUCCGGGAUCAGGUCGGCGUCCCCCUCGGGCGGCCGCCCCAGGCCCAAAGUCCCGGAGAGGAAAUCCUCUUUGCAUUCGUCCAUGUCCGUGUCCUCCUCCUCCUCCACCUCCCUCUCCUCCAACACGUCGGACUCGCUCAAGAGCUCCGGGCCUCCCCCCCAGUCCUCGUCCUCAGCUCCGAGCACCCCCCUCGACGCAACGCCGCCUUUCGCUCCCGCUCAGCCGCCGCAAAUGUGGAGCCCGCCCCCGGGGUGUUCCAGCUCCCCGGAGUUCCCGAUGCCGCCCUCGCCGGAAACGCUGUUCCACUCCGGCACGUCCCCCAACGGCAGCUUCAGUCCGCCGCCGCCGCCGCCGCCUCCUCCCGUGUCCCUCACGGUGUCUCCGCCGCCUUCUUCCAUCUCCUUCUCUUCCUCGCCGUCCCCCUUCAGGAUGGCGCCCGCGGUACCGGACAGUCCCACAAAGUCACCGGCGCUCUCGAUCACGCCGUUCGCCCUGCAGAGCGUUCAGCUGCGCUCGGUCCGACGGACGGACUCGGAGAAUUCUCAUCCCCAGGGGGAACCCGACUCGGGGCACCAAGAGGAUUCUGCUCCGUGGCCAGUGUCCAAGCUGCUGGAGGAGUUGUCGUUGGACCGCAGCAUCGCCCGUGAUGCCCCCGAUUGUCGCGUUAUCGUCGGAAAACCCGAAGGACGGAAGAGCUGCGUUCUUCCGAAGGAAAUAGAAGAGAGGCCGGAAGUGUUGCCGGGCGACAGCAACCCCCCCAUCAAACAGAUGCGACCCGUCGUCGCCAAGAAACCCAAAUUGCCCCUGAACCUUCAGCCGGUCCAGGCGUUCCCGUCUCCGUCCGAAGACACGGACGCGGCGCCCGGAUCACAAAAACGCGACGGAGACGAGAGCGAAGAGGAAGAAAGUUGUGAGACGUCCGCAGAAAUUCGGGAUGAGUCUCACACGCCCCCGCCGGGCUCAGACCGGGAACCCUUCCGCAACCGAGACGCCCGCGAGGACGAGGACGGCACGAGCACGCCGGACUCCGUCAGCUCCAAGGAGGACGACGACAACGACGCAGGUGACGUGUUCGACCCAAACCCGGACCAGUCGCCCAACGGGACCCGGCGGACGCUCGGCAUGGUCACCCCGACUCCCGCCGCCGCACGGACCACCGAGGACCUUUUUGCCGCCAUCCACAGGUCCAAGCGGAAGGUCUUGGGUCGCAAAGAGUCGGAUGAGGACAAGUCCCGGUCGGGGAGUCACUCGCCGUCUCCCCCCGCGACGCCCCCCUGCGGGUCGUCCCGCCCGUCGGGCCCCAUCCAGCGGCAGCUGCGCAAGUCGUCCACCAGCAGCGACACCUUCAAGGCGCUGCUCCUAAAGAAGGGAAGCCGCUCGGAGAGCAGCUUCCGGAUGUCCGCCGCCGAGAUGCUGCGCUCCACGGACCCCCGCUCGCAACGGACGCGCUCCGAGUGCGCCUCGCCGGACCCUCCGUCCCCGCCGCGCAGCCCCCGAGGUAAGCGGGCGGCGGACGAGUGGCGUCGCUACGAGGCGCUCGCCCUGUCGCCGCCGACGUCCUCCGCCUUCAGGUACGGCCGCUCGCGUACGCCCCCUUCGGCCGCCAGCAGUAAAUACAACGCGAGGUGUCGCAUCCUCAGCAGCCCCAUGACCGUCAUCUGCGAGCGCGACGGCGAGUACGCCGACGCCAACGGCACUUUAGCGGACGACGGCGGGAUUUGAGGACCGCGCCCAGACGGGGGCUUGAGGGGGGGGGAGUUUCAUUUUUCAGGGUUGGGGGGAGGGGGGGGGGGAUGUUACAAUUUUACCUUUGAUUCUGUAUUUGACUUUAAGCCGUCACAAAUGUUCGGAAAGUCACUUUUGCACCUAACGGGACAAACCGAAAGAAAUGUACUUACUAAUUAGCGAUAUUCAGUCUCCCCCCGUAAAAUCUCAUUUUUGGAGCUUUGCCUGCAAACUCAACUUUCGAGAUUUUGGGGCAGAGCCACCGACGCGCGUUCGGCUCUCAACGCAAACAGAGGAAAUGCACUUUUCUUUGCAUCCAAGUUUUACAAAAUACUUUUUGUUCAUUUAAAAAAAAAAGGACGUUAUUGAUGGCAUUUUACUACAUUUUGAUGAGAAAACUGAUUCGGCGUGCGAGUGAAUUGAGAACAAAUUCAACUUUUGUGCUUCCCGCGAUGCUCUCGGAGGGCCGCGGUCGCUGACGCGCUUUGCGGCCGUUUAGUAAACAUUAUUACGAGUCUUUGAUUUCACAUGCCCCGCCCACCCCCGCCUCUUCAAGGCACGCGUACAUACAAUACAUACGGGAUUUUCGACUCAUUUCAUGCCCGCAAAUGUUUUUUCACACGUUCAAAUACACAGAAGGUGUGACGUAAUAAGUGGACUCGCUCAAAACGACCCGCAGAUUCGGCACCGGAGGCCCGUCGUGACUUUCCGAACGCGCCCAACAUUCGCUCGUUUCCGUUCCGGUUGGCUCAUAAAUAUUUUCUUCAGUUGCACUGCGUGUCGUAUUCAUCCUUCACCCUUUGUGUCCGUUUGUUUGUAAAAAAAUAGUUUCACAACCGUUCUUUUUGGUCGGGGUGGUUACCAAAAAAAAAAAAAAAACUUUACUCGAAUGUGAGCUGUUGUUGACCCUUCAAAGUUUAUCCUGACACACUUUUUAUAUUAUGUAUGUAAAUAAAUAGAAAAUUAAUGUUUUAAGUCAGAA